CAUGCAUGAAUUUAUAUAAUUGUAAAAGUGUAUUUAAGUAAUAUACAAAAAAAAUAUAAAUUUCUAUUGAAAUAAUAAAAUAAAGCUUAUGUACAAAUAAAAAAAUUAUUACUAACUAAGUAAACGAUUGAGUCAUAUAAUCGACAUUGUUGAGGUUAUAAAUUUAACAAGCGUAAGCAUUUGUCAUUUGUCAAGGAGCUUAAUUUGCUGAAAACUCAAUUGUGUUUUGUGAUCAAUAGUAAACACAUAUGAAUACAUAUAUAGUUAUUUUAUAUAAAUAAUUUUUUACUUUCAAUUAUAUAUAUACAAGUAUUUAUAGAUGGAAAAGAUAACACAAACAAGGCAAUGUAAAUACAAAUAUAAAUCGAAAAAAAAAUUUAGUAAUGAUUGUAAUACAUCCGCAUCAUUUAAGAGACAUCGAAUAGAAGACGAUGUGCUUAGUAGUAGCACUGAAAGUGAAACUGGAAGUUUCAGUCGUACAAACUAUUCCAGAGAAAGAUCGAGAAAAAUCACACAAUGCAGUCAUCAUUAUCUUAAAAAAAAUAGUUUAAAUAAUUAUCCUGAUAGAAUGGAUAUCGAUCAAAGUGAUUUUGGGAGCAAUAAUGAAGAAGUGAAUGAAAACGAUGAAAAAAUACUUGAAGAAAAUGAUAACGUAAAUGACGAUGAUGAAGAAAUAGAUAUAGAGGUUGAAGAAGCAGUUUAUAACGUCAAUAACGAUGGUGAAGAAAGAGAUAAUGAAGAUGAUGAAGCUUAUAGCGUUGAUGACGACGAUGAAGAAGAUGAUGGAGCUUAUAGCGUUGAUGACGAUGAUGACGAAAUAUAUGAAGUGGAUGACGAUACUGAUAUUAUGACUGACGAUGGCGAAGAAAUAAAUGAAGUUGGUGACGGAGCUGAUAUCACGACUGACGAUGAUGAAGAAAUAAAUGAAGUGAGCGACGAAGCUGAUAUCGUGACUGACGAUGAUGAAGUCAUCAACGAAGUGGAUGGAAGUGAUGCAGAACAGUUACAAAAUGACAAUGCAUACCCGAAAUGGAAAGAGUCAUACAAAAAUAAUGUAGACAUCGACACAUUGACCCAAUGGAUUAUGUUUAAAGCAUCGAAUGUAUCAGUUUUUGAAGUUCUGAAUAUGAUAACCGCAAUAACCGUACGCUUUGGUUUAGCUGAUGAAAUUCAACAAGCUAUUUUAGAGCUAACUAAAUUCUUAGCUGGCCCGGAUUUCAAAAAUUUGGAUACUUCUAAGUAUUUAAUGAGAAAAAUAUUCAAUCCGCCAACAAAUGCUGUAUUACAUGUCUUUUACUGCGAGCAGUGUAGUAUCCCAUUAGCAAAACCUAUUACUAAAGAAGAAUUAAAGAAGAUCAAAAAGAAGAAAUGUGACAAAUGUGAAACUGAAUAUGAUUUGUCAACGAGUAAAGAAAACUUUUUUAUUUCCAUCAACUUAGAAUAUCAACUAAAAAGUUUAUUGGCAAAUCAAUCGAUGCGGAUUAUAAUCGAUAAGCAAUUAGAAAAAAAUAGUAAUAAUAAUAAUGAUAAAGACACUAUUAGUGAUAUUUGCGAUAGUAAUAGAUACAUCAGCGAUGACUUUAUUAAAUCGAAAAUUGAUGAUGGAGAUAUCGUUUUAAGUUUAAAUGUCAAUACUGACGGUGCGCCUCUAUUCAAAAGCAGCCGACAUAGUUUUUGGCCCAUACAAUGUGUCAUAAACGAAGUUCCAAUUUUACUUCGCCAUAAAAUAGUUUUACUUGCUGGACUUUGGUACACAUCAGCUGAGCCGAAACCACAGUUUAUGAAUUUGUACAUGCAUACUUUUAUGAAACAAAUUUCGAACCUUAUGACCGAUGGUAUUGAGAUAAUGACUGAACAUGGUAUUAUAAGGAAGUAUUUUUGCAAAAUUUUUUCAUUUCCAUUAGAUUCGGUUGCUCGACCAGUUGUACAGAAUCGCUUACAAUUUAAUGGGUCUUAUGGUUGUAGCUGGUGUUACCAACAAAGCGUGUAUAAAUCGCGUGCCACGAGGUAUCCAUUCAAAAGUACGAAACCAGAAAUAAGAAAUCACGAAAAGUACUUGAAGGACGUGGAAAAUUGUGAAAACAAUAAAAAGAAACUUCCAAAAACCAAGAAAAACGAACACUAUACCUUUAGAGGUAUCAAAGGACCUUGUAUAUUGUCUUCUCUACCAGGUUUUGAUUGUAUUUGGGGUUUUCCCCACGACUACAUGCACGCUGUUCUUUUGGGUGUGACACGUCAGCUGUGGAAUACAUGGAGUUCUGAAUUUUUAACUGUAAAAAAACGCAAAAUAAUUAAUGAACGCUUAAUCAACAUAAAACCACCGAAUGAGAUUCACCGGGUUCCUCGGGCACUGCAAAAGAAAAAGUCUUGGAAAGCGACUGAAUGGCGCUCGUGGUUGCUGUUCUAUAGUGUUCCGAUAUUGACUGAAAUAUUGAAUCAAGAGCUUUUAGAAUCAUAUAAACUGUUUGUAAAAAGCGUUCAGAAACUUCUUUCCAGCGAUAUUAGUGAAGAAGACUUAUUAACUUGUGAGACAGAUCUUCUUCAAUUCGUUUACGAUUGUCAGAGGUUAUAUGGAGAUUCAUUUAUGACAUUCAAUAUUCAUAGUUUACAACACAUGGUUCAAAGCGUUCGAGAAAAUGGGCCAGCAUCGUGUAAUUCAGCGUAUCCCUUUGAGAAUAAUAUUUACAACUUAAAAAAAAAAGUAACAAGUCCAAAAGGAGUUUCUAGCCAGAUGUCAAAUCGAUCUUUAAGGCAUAAUAUGUUUGUAAGUAAACUGAAUACAGCACCAGAUGAUCCUUCUUGGCUAUUUUGUAAAACUAUACUGAAUAAACGAAAAGAAGUUACAAAAAAAUUUAUUAAAACUGAUGAUGGUGUAGUUUUGAUUAAGGAUUCGAAAGAAGACUCGACAGAUACACUGAAAAAAUACUACAGUCGAUGUGUAUAUAACAACACUAUGUAUCAUAGCAAAUUAUACACAAAAACAAAGAAAACAAAUAAUAGAAUAGUCCGAUUAGAAGGUGAUCGAAUAGCAGAAAUCAAUUGCUUUUAUGAGCUAAAUAAUUUAAGUUAUAUUGAAGCUAAUAUUCUAACAGUUGAACCUUUUGAUGGGUUUGAACAUAUAUAUAGAGUAACUAACUGGGAAAAUGAGCAGACGAUUGCACCUGUAACUGAAAUUGUCUCAAAAUUAAUAUUCAUACAGGUCAGACAAAUGACUUCGAGUGAUGAUAAAACUAAUAAUGAUUAUUAUGUAUGUAUAAACCCAAACAAUUAUGAAGUGCAAUAAAGAGUC